AUGGGACAAGGAGUCCAUGUUAUGACAGUUGCAUGGACAGGAAUUGCUGUGAGUUUAUUGCCUGAAGGAAGAACUGUAUAUAGUCGUUUCAAACUUCCUGUAUCUAUCUUAGAAACAUCUACAUCACGCAUUGGACCGAACAGCAAGGAAGCUGAAGAAAUUAGAAAGACAGAAGUUUUCAUUUGGGACGAAGCACCAAUGGAUCCAUCGUAUGCUCUCAAUGCAGUUGAUAUUUUACUGAGAGAUAUAAUGAACAUCGAUGCACUUUUUGGAGGAAAAAUUAUGAUAUUCGGUGGAGAUUUUCGACAAGUUCUUCCAGUCAUUCGAUUUGCAAACAGAUCAGAUUUAAUUGCAGCAAGUCUCAAAAGUUCUGCCUUCUGGCCUUACUUCAAGGUAAUGCAUCUACACCAGAAUAUGAGAACAGAACCAGGUGAAGAAGAGUUCUCAAAAUGGCUUAUUAAACUUGGCAAUGGUAAAUUAACAUCUAACAAAUAUGAUGAAAUCGAAUUGCCUAGCUCCUGCAUGUUAAACGGUAAUUUGGUCGAUGAGAUAUUUAGCCAACACAUUUCUAUAGAAGAUGUUCCACCUCUAUGCAACAGAAUAAUUCUCUGUUCCAAAAAUGAACAUUCUCUCCUGGCAAAUGAAGAAGUUCUUCAACGGCUACCCCGGAAUAGAAAAACUGUACACAAAUGUGGAUGA